GCAGUCGGAGCAGCGAAUCGGCUGAGCCGCCCGUCAGUUUGUCGCAUUUCUCGCUCGCUUUCGGGCCGAUUUGUCAGCGAUUUGCGGACGAGACGCCGCCGAACGAGCCCUGCAGCGUCCACAGGCGAUGGCCCUUGACCUUCGGCAGACAUGAGCAAGGUUUUAGCCUCCCUUGCAAUGGUUGCAGGGGGCAGCCUCGUAGAGGAGGAGGAGGAAGGUUCUCAGGAUGCUGGGGCGGACCUGGCACUCGUCCCUCCAGACAGCCAGGGUCACAGCAGCCGGGAGGGCGACUGGGACCUGAGUCUGCUGGUGGGUGGCCCGCUCGGCGGCAAAAACACGUUCCUCAAGUUCAGGUGCGGCGUUUUGGCCGAGCGGCCCGACAACCCUCCCGCCUACGCCCUCCACAUGACCUACAAGACCAUCCAGGCCGAGACCAAACUCAUCUCAGCCCUGCUCCACGCCCACGGGAUGCGAGAGGUUCACCAAAACAUCCCGGACUUCAACCUGCUCUGGACUGGCAUCCACCCAAAGCCACAUCUUCUGCGCGCCCUGACGCCGUAUCAAAGGGUCAACCACUUCCCAAGGUCGUACGAACUGACGAGGAAAGACAGGCUGUACAAAAACAUUGAGAAGAUGCAACACCUGAAAGGUCUCAAGAACUUUGACUUCAUCCCGCAGACCUUCGUCAUGCCCACCGACUUCAGGGAUCUCUGCUCGGCGCACUAUCGCCAACGAGGGCCUUGGAUUGUGAAGCCGGUUGCAUCCUCGAGGGGCAGAGGAAUUUUCAUCGUCAGCACACCUGAACAAGUACCUCUGGAGGAGAGUUUGAUUGUUGCCAAGUACAUCGACAACCCUUUGCUGAUCGACGGCCACAAGUGUGAUCUGCGGCUGUAUGUGGUGGUAACGUCAUACGACCCGAUGCUCAUCUACCUGUAUGAAGAGGGGCUUGUCCGGUUUGCCACAGUCAAAUAUGACACUUCCGGCAAGCAUCUGUGGAAUCCUUGCAUGCACCUUUGCAAUUAUUCCAUCAACAAGUAUCACUCGGAUUACAUCAAGAGUGAUGACCCACUUGCGGAGAACGUUGGCCACAAAUGGACUCUGAGUGCACUUUUGCGCCACCUGAAGUCGCAAGGUCACGACACUGCCCUUCUCAUGCAGAGGAUUGAAGAACUUAUUGUAAAGGCUGUGUUUUCAUCAGCACCACCCAUUGUGGCAGCUUGCAAACUUUUUGUACCGCACACUCACAAUUGUUUCGAGUUGUAUGGAUUCGACAUUCUCAUCGAUUCGAACAUGAAACCGUGGCUGUUGGAGGUCAACUUGUCGCCGUCCCUGGGCUGUGAUUCACCUCUAGACGUCAGGGUCAAGUCAGCAAUGCUCUCUGACCUGUUGACCCUCAUUGGCAUUCCUGCCGUCGAUCCAAUGCUUCGUAGAGCUAAUGAAGGAGGCGCUAACAAAACCACGUCUUACUCUCAAGACCUGCUCAAAAAACUAAAUAAUUGUCGCAGAGUGCAGUCGGCUGACACACUUCCAAAGUCGAAGGGUGCCUCAGGUCGAUUGAGUUCAAGCACCCCUAGUCUGACUGCAGACGAGUCUCGACUUGUCCGCAGCGUAAAAGCUGAGUUUGAGCGACGGGGAGGGUUUGUGCGCAUCUUCCCGUCACCAGAAAGCUGGAGGAGGUACAGCGCCUUCCUGGAUCCCACCACAGGGGUGCCGUGCACUCCGUCGCCCCUCAGCUCCAUACCUUUUGGAGCAGUGCACAACCUGAAUCUGCUGCUGCAGCGCCACCUAUUUCCCGACCAAAGCACUUGCACUCCAAGAGUUGACAGACUCAGCAGAUACGAACGAGCACUCCUCAGAGGCCACAGAGCAGCGUUUAUGUUAGACGGAGACAAAGGCGUGGGUUUAGAGUCAGCAGAGGAUGCCCAACAAGUGAGCGCUUUAAAAGAGCAAGUGCGGCAGUCCCUUGAGAAUGGAAACAGCUUAAACCAAAGUCAGUCUCGCCGUGCAUUUGGAUUGUACCUGGCCACAAUCUUACGUCGCCUCGCAGGGCCCACCUUUGCUUCGUGUGAGACCCACGCUGAACUGAUCCUCAGGUUUUUGCAGAAAGCCUCUUACAACCUCCGAACUCCUUACUUUGUGAAGGUUCCUAGUCGCAAACUGGCUGGCAAGGACCGUGUUGCUGUGAUAGCUAAGCAGCUCAAUGAUUUCAUUUACCUGUACAACCGAGAGACCGAUCUCUAUGCAGACAUUGCCGAGGGCUCCAAUAAUGUACCCAUGCAGCUCUUCCAAAGAUUUUUAGCCGUUGCAAAUGAGCCUGAGUUGGAGGAAGUCUUGACCCUGCAAACCCGUCUCUACAAAUGCGCACACAUCUACUUAGGGCGGUGCGGACCUCAGCCGACAGCUGACCUCCGCUCCAUAGGCCUUCUGAGGUCACUACCAGAAAUGUCAAACGCCUCCGACUGCGAAUGUGUGCGCGGCUUGAAAGCCUCCAAGGCCGCCACCUCUCUGCCCAAACUGGCAACAAGGCGCCCUUCACCGAACAGUCAGAGACCACCUCAGGUCAAGUCUCGCAGCCUGGACAGCCAGACUCCGGACAGCGAAGAGAAGAGCAAGCCCGGAGAGGCGAAAGUCGAAUUGCCCAAGAAGAUAAUCACCAUUGGGGCGAUUGUUUUGCCAAAGCAGGAGGAGGAGCAAGAGAAUCACCAGAUUUUCGUCAUGAGAAAGAGCAUCAGUCUGCAGGAGGGUGCAUACAAGAAGGCGCAGCGGAUGGCGACCGAGGAUGACAUCAACAUCCUCAGCUCGGAAGCCAAGGAGGCCAAAGAGAGGCUCAGCAGAGACAGGAGCAUAAAAAUCGAGUUUGUCAGGAGCAAAAAGCAAAGUUCGCCUAGAAACAGGCGCUCCCUGUCCGGCGACAGCAUCAGGGAUGAUAACCUGGUGGGUUUGGCGCCUCCGAAGGGUAGGUCGGCUCCUUUCCCUGGUGGCCACAGAUCUCUGCCGCGCCUUGCUGGUGCUUUCAAAACCCGAGAAGAGGAAGAAGCAGCUGUUCGGAGGCUUCUGCAGCCUUUAAGGAGGGAUUGAUUAGUUUUUAUUUUAUUUUAAUGCCAAAACAUUGUUUCAAACAUUUCAAACUUGUCUUCUGAAUAGAUGCUAGAACAAAAUCCUUUUCUCGCUCUAUUUCGACUUGAAAAUAUAUAUCUCUUAAAAAUUUUACGAUGUGAUGAAACUGGUCAUAAUUUGUGCUUCGAUACCACAGAGGUGGGAGAAGAAUGCCUUUUUAAAUCAAGCGCCGCUUUGAGACAGAAACGGGGUUGACUGAACAGGCUCAAAUUUUUGAAUAGAUUUUGAAAAGCGCUUAAUUGUAAGAUUUGUUUCUGUCUCGAAGGAAUAAAAUUGCAGAGAAUGAUAACUGGAUUUAAAAUUUAAAAAAAAGAUUGAGCUCUUAUUAUUAUCAAGUCUUACUUACAUUGAAUUUCCCCACAAUUCUAUACAUUUCAUUAUGUUUUUUUACUUAUAUCACUUUAUUUACUUAGUUUUAGGAAGAUUUUAUUUUGACACCAGCAUUUAUUUAUUUGUUACAUUGUUUUAUUCCACAUUUUCCUCUAAUCAAUAUGGAUGUGCCACCAGAAUUAAUAAUUACCUUGCAAGAAGUACGUCAAAUAUAUUUUGAAUUUGCAACAGCAUCUUUGUGAUUACAGUUUGCCACCUAUCUAGUUUAGUUUUGCAGCUAUAUGUGCAUAAUUAUUUUUCUCCGUGUUGUUCAGGUACGUGGGCGUCCUUGGAAAUUAAGCAUGUGUGCAUUAAUUAUGAUUGGUCCUGUGAUAGUGCGACUCCUCGCACUCAGGUGUGGCCACUUGUAAUUAGCAACCAAUUUUGCGGAAAAAUGCAGUAAAUAAAUAAAUAAAAAAGCAGCAUAAGGAUGAUCUACUACUGAAUUGUAACGCAUAUUGCGUAAUGUUUGGUUAAUAAGAUGAGGCUCGUAAACAGAGAUAUUAAUAUUUUACAAUAUAUGAAGAUAAAUAAGCUAUUGUGUAUUACUCGAUCCGACUAAGAAUUUGUAAAAGCACAUGUGCGUAAUUAGAUUUUCUCUUCGCACGUUCAAUGAGUUAUGAUUCUAAAAUGUAAUAUAGUUUUUCAAAAUUGAACAAAAAACUCUAAUUAAUUAUUUUUUUCAAUAUGAAGGCCUUGCGAAAUAAAUCAAAUUUGAUGUGUGCUUAAAAAAUGAGCUUUUGUGCAACAUGAGUGAUGUGAAUUCAUCAAUAAAGGGGGGUUUUGACUCCAUUUCAAAAAACAUUUUAACUACUCAACUUCUUCACUUUCCAGAAAAAAAACGCAAUAAAAUUGAUAUUAACGCCCCCAUGUGUACAUGUCCAGCGAUUGUAUGCUGCUUAAAAUAUUUGAUAAUCAAGUACGGCAAAAAGCAUCGAAAACAAAUAAAAAUAUACUAUACUGAUAUGAUAUACAACCCUCAAAACAUCUCUUAAUCCUAUGUAAGCCUCAAGCCAACGUCCAAUAAAUUGUGCA